AUGGAUCAGAAACGGAUUAUAUUAUUGAUGUUUUUAUUACUGAGGGCUGUGGUGGCAGACGAUGGCUCCAACUCUGAUCACAAGAGUCCAGAUGAUCUCAAAGCUGAUGCUACAGGUUACGGAAAUGGUGGGGGAGAUACCAUUACUAUCCAGGCUGUUCCAAUUGCUGCAGGAGGAUACAGUGGAACGGGUAGUUACAGGGGAGGAGUAGGAGGGGGCUUUGGCGGGCUUGGUGUAAAUAAUGGAGAUGGAAAUAAUAAUGUUAUUCUAGCAAUCCUCGCAGUUCCCCUACGACUACAGAACACUGGGGGGCAAGGCGGGGCAAAAAGUGGAGGAGGAAGCUCCCAAGGAGGUGGAGGCUACAGACCUUGGUGGUAUUGA